AUGUCCUACCAAGUCAAGGAAGUCAAGACGAAGCCGUACGAUGGCCAGAAGCCCGGCACGUCCGGCCUCCGCAAGAGGGUAAAGGUCUUCCAGCAGGAGCACUACACCGAGAACUUCGUCCAGGCCAUCUUCGAUGCCGUCGACCUCAACGGAAAGACCAUCGUUAUUGGUGGAGACGGUCGCUUCUUCUCCCCGGAGACCGUCCAGACCAUCCUGAAGAUCGGUUCUGCUAACGGUGUCGCCAAGUUCAUCGUCGGCAAGGACUCCAUCCUCUCCACCCCCGCUGCUUCCAACGUCAUCCGCAAGUACAAGGCGGACGGCGGUAUCCUUCUCACUGCCAGCCACAACCCCGGAGGCCCUAACGCGGAUUUCGGUAUCAAGUACAACGUCUCGAACGGCGGUCCUGCUCCGGAGAAUGUCACCAACAAGAUCUUUGAGAAGACGAAGACGAUCUCCAGCUACAAGGUCAUUGAGCUUGCCCCGAUUGACCUCUCCAAGAAGGGCUUCUUCACCUAUGGUCCCUCGAACGUCGAGAUCAUCGACUCCGUUUCGGACUACGUCCAGCUCCUCGAAUCCAUCUUCGACUUCCCCCUCAUCAAGAACUUCCUCCAGUCUCAUGCGGACUCGUUCAAAGUGCUCUUCGACGGUAUGCACGGUGUCACUGGGCCUUACGGGCGUGCUAUCUUCAUCGACGCCCUCGGUCUCCCCGAGACUUCCGUACAAAACGCGGUACCUCUUCCCGACUUCGGCGGAGGCCACCCCGAUCCCAACCUGACAUACGCACACGAACUUGUCGAGCGCGUUGAGCGCGAGAACAUCCACUUCGGUGCUGCCAGUGACGGUGACGGUGACAGGAACAUGAUCUACGGCAAGGGCGCGUUCGUCACUCCCAGCGACAGCGUAGCUAUCAUCGCUGACUGGGCGGCCGAGGCGAUCCCCUACUUCAAGAAGGGCGGUGUCAAGGGCCUUGCUCGGAGCAUGCCCACGAGCGCACAGAUCGACAAGGUCGCAAAGAAGAAGGGCCUAGAAUGCGCGGUCGUCCCGACUGGUUGGAAGUUCUUCGGCAACUUGAUGGAUGCUGGCCGCCUCUCGAUCUGCGGUGAGGAGUCCUUUGGUACGGGCUCCGACCACAUUCGGGAGAAGGACGGUGUUUGGGCUGUCGUUGCGUGGUUGAACAUCCUCGCGUACGCGAACCAGCAGUCACCAAACGAGCUCAUCGGCAUCAAGGAGCUGCUCGAGAAGCACUACGCUGUCUACGGCCGCUCGUUCUUCUCCCGCUACGACUACGAGGAGGUCCCCGCGGUCGGAGCGCAGUCCCUCGUGGACGCCAUCAACGUGCACAUCAGCACCGGCUCGCUCGCCAGCACCUCGCACGUCUCGAAGAGCACCGGCCAGAAGUUCACCGUCGCGGGUGUCACCAACUUCGACUACACGGACCCCAUCGACGGCAGCAUCAGCCGCAACCAGGGCCAGAUCGUCACCUUCGAUGACGGUUCGCGCGUCGUGUUCCGCCUGAGCGGAACCGGUAGCCAGGGCGCGACCGUGCGGAUGUACGUCGAGCGCUACGUCCCUGCCUCGGCAGGUCCCGCCGAGCUCAACAAGGACGCGCAAGAGGGUCUCAAGGGCCUCAUCGAGGUCGCCCUGCAGCUGAGCAACCUGCCCGAGUUCCUCGGCCGCGAGAAGCCCACCGUCAUCACCUAAACGGGGAGCGUCGCAGGGGAUCGGGUAUGAGAACGGACAAUCGGGAAGUGCGUAGAUCUGAAGUUUACAAAGAGGAAGAACAAAUUGGAUGUAUUCGUACCAUCUUGCGCAAUGCUUGUGAUACCGCGUUUGGUUG